CUGAAAGGACCCUAUAAGCCCUCCUACCUGGGAAUAAACUUCGUACUGGGUGGAGUUUGCCCACUGCACCUGAACACGAGGGGGAGUCUGGGCUAUUGACUGCAUCUCCUGGUUUUUCUAGGGGACUGUUUAACAGGCUUGCUGGAUCUGAGCAAGUCAGAUCAGGGCUUGAGUCCUGAUGCCUAGCCAGGAGGUAGGCAGUCUGUGGCCCACAUUCUUUUGUCCCUUGGCUCCUUUCUCUUUAUGGCAGAGGAAGAAGGGGUGCUGCUGUAAGGGAGCACCUACCUGGAGCCUGGCAAUGCUAGUUCUGUGCUACAGCCAGAGCCUUAAUUGUUGCAAGUGCAAAGUGUUGUGCUACCUCUAGGGAGGGAAAAUACUAUAUUGCAAGGAGCAAGUUCUUCUACAGGAUGGGUUAAGAUGUCUUGAAGUGGUCCUCUGUUAGCCCCUGCUGAGAGGAAUCCUGCUGUGCAAAUGGAGCCUGUCCAAGCUCACCUGCCCCCAUCUGUUCUUUGCACGUGUUCUGUACACAGGCUGGGCACUCCAGUUCACGUGCUUGCUCAUCCACAAACUUGUGUAUGGUGUAAGUGCUCCAGGGAGGCCUGUGUGCACAUCUCUCCUUGCACGCUUUAGUGCUUGCCCAUCUGCACGCAGACCCAGGCUCUGUCCUGUGUCCUGGUGCCUGAUUAACUGCUUCCCAUGAGAGUGACACUGUGCUACAAGCAGUGCUACGAGCAACGGUACCAUGAAAGGGAGCUGCUGGCAGCUGGCGGCUGCCCGUGCUUUGGUCUCGUGGCUGUUGCUGCCAGGAUGCUGGAGGGGCAGGGUCUCCCUGUUCUCCGAAGCCUCUCGAGCCGCCCUGCCCUCGCCAUGCUGCGCCUGCUGCCAUGGCUCCGUGCUCUGACCCGAGAGUGUGUGCGGCCUGGAGUCCUGCAGGGCCUGGCUGCUGGUGACAGGAGUGGGGCCGGGAUGUAUCCCACCUGCUACUGUGCAGGCAAAGCUAAGCAGCGGGCUGUGCUGCUCCCCCUGGAUCCCUACAGCCAUGGUCUGUUGCACGCUUUUCCCCCAGACGUCUACAGGACUCGAGGCCAUGGCAAGAGGAAGAGCUGGAACUUCAUCCAUGAGAAGAUGAGUUAUGACACAUUCUUCACCAUGAAGCGCCUGAUAGAGCGCUCACGCAGCAUUGGGGAGGUGCUGCGGUGGGUUACCCAGAACCCCAGCAAAGUGUCUGCCAGCCACUACCCCAUUGCCCUGCACAAGCUGGGCCAGCUCUUACAACAGCAGCAGGGCCAGGCCAUGGUGAAUGGGGAAAGCCGUGGGCCCAGUCAGAUGCUGGAGCAGCCAGAGUUCCAGGCACUCUGUCAGGCUAUCAUCAGCGGCUGCUCCAAGUUUGAUAACUUCAGCAUUGUCAACUGUCUGUAUGCUGCUGCAGCUCUGGGCCUGCCUGGGGAGUCACCACUGGUGCGAGUGCUGGAGGACGAGUCUCGGAACCGUCUAGGCCGCUUCAACCAGAAGGACGUCUCCAUGGUGUUCAGCAGCGUGAUGAGGCUUCACCCAUCCAGCCCUCACCCCCUGGUUGAGUCUUGCCUCAGUAGUUUGGAGCGCCAUCUGGAGAAGGAACGCCACCCCCAGACCCUCUUUCUGCUCCUCUCCUACUACCGACUCCGUGCACAGGCAUUGCAGGGACACGCGGCCUCUGACCAGCAACUGAUCAACAACCGCAAGAUCCUGCGCCUUGUCAGGCACACCCUGGGGCAAGUGAGUGCCAUGCGUGAGCAUGAGCUGGCCCUGCUGGAUGAGAUGCUGGCUCUGUGUGCUCAGGAGGCUAACAACAAGGCCUUGGAGGCCAUCUUCAGCUCUCAGCUCUUCUAUGAGAAUCGUCAGGAGCGAUUCAUCCACAGUAUGGCAGAGUGGCUCCCCAGGAAGGCAGAGAACCUUACUCCCUAUACCAUGGCCCUCAUUGCCAAGUAUGUGGCCCGGCACAGGCUGCGUGAGCCACGGCUGCUCGAUACCAUUGCGAACUUCCUCCUGAAACGUGGGGAGCAGCUUGACAGCAAGGUGAUCCAGAAGCUGGUGUUUCCCUUCAGCCGCAUGAAUUAUCGCCCAUCCAACCACAGUGAGCUCUUCCCCAAGCUGGAGGCCAUCCUGGAGCAGAAGGCUAGCAGUUCACCCCUGGCAACUGUCAACAUCCUCAUGUCCAUGUUUCAGCUUAGCCACUUCCCCCAGACUGUCUUGCACCAAGUCUUUUCCCCAGCUUUCAUCACCAACGUUAUGAGUAGUCCAUAUGCACUGAUUGUGCGCCGCUACCUCUCCUUGCUGGAUGCAGCGGUGGAACUGGAGUUCCGUGAUUACAGUGGUCCACGCCUUGACCCACGCUACCGUGUCCUCAUGUUUGAACAUGCCCUGACGGCUGACGAGGCCAACAGGAAGUACAGUUACAAGGGGCUCGUGGCUGAGGCUUUGCGGCAGCUGGUGGGAGAAGAAUGCUAUCGACAGGAUGAGGUGCUGCCCCCAGGAUACUGCACAGACUUCCUGCUGUGGAUUAACCGCUCAGGCACUGUGCUGCCUCUCUCCCGUGUCCCUGCAGCUUCCAAGGCUCCCUCUGUCCACACUACAACACCCCCUGCUGCUAUUUCCUUACGUUCUAGUGUCCUGGCCCUCACCUCGGACUUGCAGGACUUUGCCCCAUUUGCUCCAGAGACACCAAGCAGCCCCCCAGGCUCCCGGGAGAACAAUCUUGCUGGGCGCUUUCUGCCUACACUUUGUCCUGCCCCAGGGGGUCCAUGCUACCAACCCCCCUCGGACUAUUACUGCAGUCUGAGCAAAGAGUCUUCCCUGGAGAGCCAGGGCAGCUCUACGUUAAGCAGCCCUUCCGAGUGCCUCUCCACACAGCCUGCUGGCACCCCUGACUGCUCCCCAAGGAGCACUUCCACAGCCACCCUCUUCCAGUUCCCCAUCAGCAAGAUUCUGGAGGAGGAAGAGGCUACAACUGGCUGCCCUGGGCAUGAUCAUAACUGCUUUCAGGGGGAGCAAGCCCAGGAGGAACCAGAGGAAAGGAGCCCUCCCCCCACCGAGGAAUCCUGCCCUACACCCUCUCCAUGCCGGCCCAGCCCCAAGAGAGGGCCAGGAGAUGGGCUGCAGGGAGCUGAAGAAAUUCAGAGGGUGGUGCUGUCAGUCAAUGACAAAUGGCAUUACUGCCAGAACUCCGACAUACUGGUGGGCUCACGAGCCAUGAGGGAUAGACACUUGCGACUGCUGGGCUACUGUCUGGUUCAGCUGCCAUACACAGAGCUGGAGAAGGUGAGCGGCAUUGAAGAGGCCAAGCACUAUCUGCGGCAGAAGCUGAGGGAGCUGCGCUUCUGAGGGUCGCCCUGCCCUCGUCUCGGUGGGCACUGGAGAUGGACACACACGUCCCUUGCCACAGGGCAGGGUGGGGGAAGAGACCAGGCUGGGGGGGCACCUCUGUGUGCACCAGCCCUUUCCUGUAGGUGGGGGGAGAUGGAGCUGCCCCCUUCCCUGGGAAAGCUCGGGGGGGGGGGUCAUGGGGUCUGGCCUUGGGCACCUGCUUCUCGAUGUGAGGCCAGGGAUAGUGUGAUAUUUAUUGCUGUUAGCGUGGGGAAGGGCGUGACUUGACUGGUGCGUAGUGGGAGUGUUUGGGUAUAUAUUGCCUGGGGGUGGGAGAGUCCCUCCAGCCCUGGCCCCGCGCCCCCCCCCCCCCCCAGCUCUGUCCUGAAAGGUGGCCAGCUGGGCUGCAGCGGGGCCUGGCCCUGCCGGGGCUGGCGGCCGCGCUGGCAGGGGGGCCCAGCGCCCCGGCCCCUCUGCUGGGAGGGAGCAGGGGGCAGAGCGGGGCCGUGGCCAUGGCACCCGGGACCGACCUGGGCUGGGGCUGCUCCCUGGGCCCGGAGGGGGGGGUGUUUGGGAAGCGGGGGUUGACUUUACAAUAAAACGGUGAAAAGUGUGCAAAGUCCAUUCUGUUUAUUAGUACGAGGCAGCAGCCUGCCCAGGCUGGGCCCGCGACCCCCCGCCCCAGCGCCCGGGGUGCAGCCAGCCCGGCCCCUCCGCGGGGGCCCUGGGUGCCGCCUGCAGCCCUGCCCCAGACACGCGGGGUGCUCGGGGCCCGCCGCCGCCCCGGCCUUGGCCCUUCUCAUCACCGACCCUGCCAGCGCCAUAAACCGCCGUGUCACUCCUCAGCCCCGUGUGCACGGUAUAAAGCUGUUUAUUGCCGUUUAAAUUACUCUCUUAAAUAAAACACCUGAUUGUC